AUGCGUGCAACCCCGCGUUUCGUGAAGCCGUCCAUCCAGGACCAUCUGUUGCCCUAUCUGUCUGCAUCGGGCAAGAAGGUUGGCGUCAUGGGCUUCUGCUGGGGCGGCUGGAUUACGAUUCGCUCGUGCUCCUUACCAGGUGUUGCAUGCGGCGUCGCCAUGCAUCCGACGAUGAACAUGGAGGGCUUCCACGGGGGGAGCGCGCACGAGGCUUACAGCGAAGUGCAGGCCCCGCUGAUGUGUCUCGCCGCAGGUAGCGACCCCGAUGAGGUGAAGCCCGGCGGCCCUUUGGACGCAUCGAUGCAGCGCGGACAGAAGUUGCUUGAGAUUCACGAGUUCAAGGAGAUGAAGCACGGCUGGUUUCCCAGGGGCGAUGUCAGUGAUGCUAAAGUGAAGCAUGGCGUCGCGCUGGCCUACGACAUGGCUUUGAAGUUUCUUAAUGAGCACUUGAGAUAG